AUGUUGUGGGCAGUCGUCGUUGUGCUAUUGGGAGUUAUGCUCGAAAGCAACAAAGUCGAUGCAACAGUUUGGAACGUCGGAGACCACGGUUGGACCUUUGAUGUUCAGGGCUGGGAAUCCGGCAAGAAUUUUAUGGCCGGCGACACGUUAGUAUUCAAUUACAAAGUGGGUGACCAUAGUGUGACUAUUGUGAACGAAUCAAACUACAAAGAGUGCAUAGUUCCAGAAGAUGCCAUAAUAUACAGUUCAGGGCACGAUGAAUUUGUUCUUAAUAAAGGGAUUACUUAUUUUACUUGUGGUAUUCUUGGCCAUUGCACUGCUGGCAUGCACAUUGCUCCUUAUGCUGCUUAA